GGCUUUUAUCGCUGCUCACAGUUCGAGUCGUUGCCUUCGACUAGCGUUUGAGUUACCUCUCAGAGCAGCCAAGGCCUUUUGUUUUUACUUAACAGGUUCAUCCCGCUAUUGCCGUUUUUAACUUCUAACGUUGGCUAUCUUGAACCGAACCUGACUGAAUUAGCGGUCAGCUAAACAACGCGCUCGUGUCAGGUAGCCCGCUGUCUGUUUCGGUCGGUGAGUUUGUGCGAUCCGUGCUAAUGGGCUUGCUGUCUCAAGGCUCGCCGCUUAACUGGGUAGAGACCAAGAAAUAUGCCGACCAUGUCAGAAAACACGGCAUUCUGCAGUUUCUCAACAUCUACAACAAGGUGAAGGACCGACAAAAGGAUGUGUUAAAAUGGGGCGACGAGGUGGAAUACAUGCUGGUGGAACUAGACGAGAAAAAUGAAAAAGCUCGUCUGAUUCUGAAUGGACACAAAGUUUUGGAGACGCUGCAAGAACAGGGCGAAAAUAUCGAUCCCAACCAUCCAACCCUGUGGAGACCAGAGUAUGGUAGCUACAUGAUUGAGGGCACGCCAGGUCAGCCUUAUGGAGGGACAAUGUCCGAGUUCAACACAGUAGAGGACAACAUGGUCAAAAGGAGGAGGGAGGCAUCGUCAGUGCUCCACGAGCACGAGACGCUCUGCACCAUCACAGCAUUCCCCAGGUUGGGUUGCCCAGGAUUUACAAAGCCGGAAUUUAGGCCGACUCCUGUUGAAAAAGGAGUGUCAAAGUCCCUCUUCUUUCCUGAUGAGGCGAUCAACAGGCACCCCCGAUUCAGCACUUUGACCAGAAAUAUUCGUCACAGAAGGGGAGAAAAGGUUGUGAUCAAUGUACCGAUUUUCAAAGACAAGAACACGGCAUCUCCAUUUUUGGAGACAUUUCCUGAAGAUGAUGGUGAAGCAGCGCGUGCAGUCAUCCCUGACCACAUCUACAUGGAUGCUAUGGGCUUUGGAACGGGAAACUGUUGUCUGCAGGUCACAUUUCAGGCUUGUAGCAUCAAUGAGGCACGAUACCUGUAUGACCAGCUGGCCACUUUCUGCCCUAUUGUGAUGGCCCUUAGUGCUGCUUCACCUUUCUAUCGUGGCUUUGUGUCGGAUAUCGACUGCCGGUGGGGUGUGAUCUCGGCCUCUGUGGACGACAGGACUCGGGAGGAGCAUGGGCUCGAGCCUUUGAAAAACAACAAGUUCAGGAUCCACAAGUCCAGAUAUGAUUCAAUCGACAGCUACCUGUGUUUUUGUGGGGAGAAAUAUAAUGAUAUUGAACUGACGAAAGACGAAGAGAUCUAUAAACAGCUUCAGGAUGCAGGAAUUGAUAAAUUACUGGCCCAACACAUUGCCCACCUUUUUAUACGUGAUCCACUGUCGCUCUUCGAGGAGAAGAUCAAUCUGGACGAUGAGAACGAGUCUGAUCAUUUUGAGAACCUGCAGUCGACCAACUGGCAGACCAUGCGGUUCAAACCACCCCCUCCAAACUCUGACAUAGGUUGGAGAGUGGAGUUUCGCCCUAUGGAGGUUCAGCUGACAGAUUUUGAGAACUCUGCAUAUGUUGUGUUCAUUGUCCUUCUUACCCGGGUGAUCCUGUCUUACAAGUUAGACUUCCUCAUUCCCUUGUCAAAGGUUGAUGAAAACAUGAAAGUUGCUCAGAAGCGAAACGCUGUGCAAGAGGGCCUGUUUUACUUCCGGAAGGACAUCUACAAAGGCUGCAACCUCUUAAUUGACUCAGCUUCCACAGCAGUUCAAAACGGAGUAGAGAGCGAGGGGGUGCACGAGGAGUACACCCUGAUGAGCAUCGACACAAUCAUCAAUGGCAAGGAGGGAGUGUUCCAGGGUCUGAUACCAAUCCUGAACUGCUACCUGGAGAAUAUGGAAGUGGAUGUAGACACACGCUGCACUAUCCUGAACUAUCUGAAACUCAUCAAGAAGCGAGCAUCUGGAGAACUGAUGACUAUGGCCAGAUGGAUGAGGGAGUUCGUCACCAAGCAUCCACAGUACAAGAAAGACAGUGUGAUCUCCGACAGAAUAAACUACGACCUGAUUUGUCAGUGCGACCGAAUUGCUAGGGGCCAGGAGCACUGCCCUGAACUGAUCGGUGAUCUAAUAAACAGAGGACUAUGAAGGUCUUUAACAUUUUCUGAAAAGAA